GUUGUUAUUAUUGUUGUUAUUAUUGGUUUGUUGUUUUGUUGGCACUUGAUUUGAUUUUCUACGCUUCUACUACUCGCUAUCUAUGCCCACGAUGGUGGGCAAUUUAUGUUGACUGAAUCAACAGCAACAGCUAAAUGGGGCGCAAUGUGCUGCAGAGCAGCCUGCUUGGCGCUGGCUUCAGUAUCAUCUUUCAGAUACUGUGCCGCAUCCUAACGUUCGGCAUUAAUGCCUACAUAGUACGCAAUGUGGGUCGCGAAGUGCUGGGGAUUAUGAAUGUGCGGCUGCUGCUGCUCGAGAGUACGCUGCUCUUCUUGUCCCGCGAGGCCAUCAAUCGGGCGGCGUUGAGCGCCAACUCGCAGCAGCGCGACAAAUGCUCGUGGUCGCAGCUGAUCAAUCAAAUGUGGCUUACUGUUCCCAUUUGUGCUGCUCUCUGCGUGCCUUGUCUACACAUCUGGCUGCACUGGCUCUCGGCCGUGGAUGCUCCCUAUGCCGGACAAUACGAGUUCGCCUGCUAUGCGGUGGCAUUGUCGUGUGUGCUCGAACUGCUCGCCGAAUCCGCGGUAUUUGUGGCCCAGGUCUUUUGCUUUGUCAAGCUCAAGAUUUUGCUCAACACACUGCACAUUCUGGUGCGCUCGGUCAUCUUUCUGUGGAUCGUCACCGGUGAUCGCAGUGCUGCUAUUACAGCUUUUGCCAUUGCCCAGUUGGCCAGCGCUUUGACCAUUGUGCUUGGUCAAUAUGGGUUCUUCUACUACUACUUACGUCGUUUCAACGAGCACAAAACGCAAUUGGCACGCAAAAGCAAAGCGACGCAGGAGCUUAACUCCUGGGAACGUUCGCUGUUCGAGCACAUGGAUGAUUUUCCAUUUACCAAAUUGUCCGAGAUGCUGCCGGGGAUCAUGAAGAGCGACAACGACAACGCCGGCUUCUUCAAUCGUGAGCUGCAAACGCUAACGUUGAGCUUUGUGAAGCAGGGCGUGCUCAAGCAAAUUCUAACCGAAGGCGAGAAGUAUGUGAUGAGCGUGUCGCCAGUGCUCUCCUUUGGCGAACAGGCCACCUACGAUGUGGUCAACAAUCUGGGCAGCAUGGCCGCCCGUUUCAUAUUCCGUCCCAUCGAGGAUAGCGCCUACUUCUAUUUCACACAAACGCUGACGCGUGACACGCGACUGCAGAAGCAGCCGGUGGAGCGUGUGCGACAGGCGAGCAGUGUACUCCACAAUCUGCUGCUGGGUGUUAGCUCCAUUGGCUUGUUGGCGUUCACCUUCGGACAGAACUAUUCGCACACAUUGCUGCUGCUGUAUGGUGGCGAGGAUUUCGUUGCCGGCGGAUUGCCCCAACGCUUGCUGCAGUGGCAUUGUCUGGCCAUUUACCUGCUGUCGGUGAAUGGCAUUAGCGAAGGUUACAUGUUUGCGACGAACACCAGCCGCGACAUUGACAAGUACAACUACCUGAUGGCCAUAUUCUCAAUCAGUUUCCUUGUGCUCUCCUACAUAUUGACGGGCAUCUUUGGUCCCGUCGGCUUCAUCUUUGCCAACUGCAUCAAUAUGCUCGGCCGCAUUGUCUAUAGCACGUGGUACAUACGGCAGCAGUAUCAGCCAUUGUCGCUUAAUCCGCUGCAGGGUCUGUGGCCAGGUAAACUCUUUGGUGGCACUCUGAUGCUGGCCGGCGUCAUCUGUUAUUGGUAUCAGCACGCUGUAUUUGCCACACAUCUUGGUGUGGGCGUGGCCAUGGGCGUACUGUGCCUCUUCGCCUGGGCGCUGGCACAUCGUGAUCUGAUGCAGUUGGCCUGGAAGUAUGGGCGUCGCAUCAAAAUUGAAUGAGGCUAAUACCAAAAAAAAAAAAAAAACAAAAACAAAAA